GCGCCGGACCCGCUCGAGCCGGGGGACCCGAGAGCGCGACGGACCGCGGCGGCUCCGGCUGAGCGGGGGGGAACCGGUGGCGGGAGCGGGCCCGGCUGGGCCCGGCGCGGCCGCCAUGUACGCGGGGCUGCAGGAGCUGGGGGUGGCCAACGGCGAGGACCUCAAGGAGACGCUGACCAACUGCACGGAGCCGCUGAAGGCCAUCGAGCAGUUCCAGACGGAAAAUGGAGUCCUCCUGCCUUCCCUGCAGUCGGCCCUGCCCUUCCUGGACCUGCACGGCACCCCCCGGCUCGAGUUUCACCAGUCCGUGUUCGAUGAGCUGAGGGAGAAGCUGCUGGAGAGAGUCUCGGCCAUUGCUUUGGAAGGGAAAGUUGAGGAAAGAUACAAGAAGCUAGAAGAUCUCCUAGAGAAGAGCUUUUCCCUGGUCAAGAUGCCUUCCAUACAGCCUGUAGUAAUGUGCGUCAUGAAGCAUUUGCCCAAGGUCCCUGAAAAGAAGCUGAAGUUAGUAAUGGCAGAUAAGGAUUUGUAUAAAGCAUGUGCUGUGGAGGUAAAGCGCCAGAUCUGGCAGGAUAACCAAGCCCUAUUUGGUGAUGAAGUAUCUCCGCUGCUAAAGCAGUACAUCCUGGAGAAAGAAAAUAUUCUCUUCAGCAACGAUAUUUCUGUCUUGCACAACUUCUUCAGCCCAUCUCCCAAAACAAGACGUCAGGGAGAGGUGGUUCAGAAGCUGACCCAGAUGAUUGGGAAGAACGUGAAGCUCUACGAUAUGGUGUUACAGUUUCUGAGAACUUUGUUCCUUCGGACAAGGAAUGUUCAUUACUGCACGCUACGGGCAGAACUCCUGAUGUCGCUACAUGACCUGGAUAUCAGUGAAAUCUGCACCGUUGACCCGUGUCAUAAGUUCACUUGGUGCCUUGAUGCCUGCAUUCGGGAGAAGUUUGUGGACAACAAGAGAGCUCGGGAGUUGCAAGGGUUUCUGGACGGAGUGAAGAAAGGGCAAGAACAAGUGUUGGGGGACUUAUCUAUGAUCUUGUGUGAUCCCUUUGCCAUUAACACCUUAGCCUUGAGUACCAUAAGGCACCUACAAGACCUGGUUGGGCAGGACACCUUACCUAGGGAAAGCCCGGAUCUGCUGCUGCUCCUUAGGAUGCUGUCUCUGGGGCAGGGGGCUUGGGACAUGAUUGACAGCCAAGUCUUCAAGGAACCAAAAAUGGAAGCUGAGUUGAUCACAAAGUUCUUACCUAUGUUGAUGUCUUUCGUGGUGGAUGACCACACGUUCAACGUAGAUCAGAAACUGCCCUCAGAAGAGAAGGGGCCAAUUCCCUACCCCAGCGUGAUCCCUGAAGCUUUCACCAAAUUCUUGCAGGAGAACAGAAUAGCUUGUGAGAUUGGGCUAUAUUACAUCCUUCACAUCACUAAACAGAGGAACAAGAAUGCUUUCCUUAGGCUUUUGCCAGCACUGGUUGAGACAUUCAGUGACUUGGCCUUCAGUGAUAUUUUUCUGCAUUUACUCACCGGUAACCUCACGCUGCUGGGUGAUGAAUUUGCGCUUGAGGAGUUCUGCACCAGUCUCUUUGAUGGCUUCUUUCUCACUGCCUGCUCAAGAAAGGAGAAUGUACAUAGACAUGUCCUAAGACUGCUGCUUCAUCUCCAUCACAAAGUGGCUCCUGCCAAGUUAGAGUCUCUUCAGAAGGCUUUGGAACCCACCAAGCAGAGCGGAGAAGCUGUGAAGGAGCUUUAUAACCAGCUCACUGAGAAACUGGAGCUUCGCAAGCCUAGUCCAGCUGAAGUGACUGAGACUCCCUCCAUGGAACUGCCCUUGCCCACUGUGCCCACACCAACCUCACGCUGAGCUCUGGCUGUAGUGCAAGAGUGAGACAGGAGAAGAACCAACCUAGUGCCCUGCAGUGUGAAGGCAUUGCACUGCCUUGUCAAGCGUCUCCACCUACGGUGUGGAAACUAAAAAAAAGCCACUGAAGCUCUUUCAGGAAACACUGCAAAUUGCCCUACUCGCUGGCUCUGGCUGGUUAGAAAACUUUGUAUGCAGUGCAUUGCAAAGGUUUACUUUUCUUAAAGAUAGCUGAGUGUCUUCUUGUAGAUCCACUUAAAUCUGACUGUACAUUUUUUUUUUCAAAAAGAAAAGGCAUAUUUUUAA